AUGAUAUUUGAUAAUGAAUCGGGCGUUAUUGGUGCUCUCGCUCAUAAUACAGCUGAGGAAACUCAGCAUUCCAUUGAUCCCGAUCAUACAGACCAAAAAUAUACGGAGUACCUACCAUAUUCUGAUGAUAAUUGCGAUGAAAUUGUUGAUGACCAUUUUCAACGAGGUGAAAUAUUUGCUCUUGAAAAUAUACAUUGUCAUACUGAAGAAGGAUUUGUCCCCAAUGUUCCAGUUCAUAUUAAGUCAAUUGUGACUGAACGUACUAAUGAACAUUCUGGAGCGUUCCUUGAUCCAUAUUUUAACCAAGCUGAAAACAAAGAAUACCCAUAUUUUCCAACAAGAGAUGGUACAAUGGCAUUUACUGAUGAUUCCAUUGUUGAACAACGUUGUCCAAUUCUUGUCGAUUAUCUCAAUAAAGCUCUUCAACAUUCUAAAUUUCGUGCACACCCAGCAACGUGUCAAUUUUUUGGCAUCAAUUGUUUAUCAUUCGUUCCUGGCUUAUCAGUUAGCCGAAAAGAAGGUUAUCUACAAGAACAAUCUAUUAAUUAUUAUUUUGAUUAUCAUGCUUUCUUGCGUGCAUCAUAUUUUUGUGAUUUAUGUAAAUGUCAUGAUAGUUCAAAAUGGUUUAUUUUUAAAGAUAUUUAUAUGAUUGAUAUACGACCUGAUAUACAUGAAAUAUGUUUUCCUAUGUUAGUUGAUCGUGAUUUUCAAAUUUCAUUUGAUAUUCAAAAUAUUGGUUAUGAUGAUGAUAUUAAAAUAAUCAAUUCACAGCGUAUAUUACUUAUUAAAUGUCGAACAGCACAUAAUUGUAAUGAGUGGGCAAAGCAUUUAUCAAGUUCAACUGAACAAGUAAAAGAUGUUGUCAAUAAAACAUGA